UGUUCCAAUGACACGCCCCUUUUUUUCUUGAGACUUCCGCAUUUCCUUUUGCAAAUUAUUCUCUUUCCGGUACAUCAUGGCGCCCCCCAUACCUAUUUUAGCAGUCCGGGGAUCUGACGGGACAGUGCUGAUCCGUGGACCACCAAACUGCGAGAAGAAUGCAGAUUUUCAAAGGGACCCUCGGCAAAGUAGAUAUGUGGCGUUCAGCAAGGACGGGACAUUGUUUGCAUGGUGCAAUGGAGAGAAGGUCACUGUUGUGAAGGUUGCAGAUGGCUCUCAAGUCAGGUCGUUUGACCUUCCAAAGACUGCAAUGUUGGAGUUCUCUCCGCUGAACACUGUGCUGGCUACAUGGCAGGUGUAUAGCAAGACGCAGGACAACCCACAGGGAGAUGCCAACUUGCAGCUGUGGGAUUUGAAAACUGGGACCUGCCUCAAGGCUCUUUACCAGAAGAAGGUUCAGGGAUGGUGUCCAAGUUGGUCAGAUGACGAGAAGAUUGCGGUCAGGAGUGUUAACAAUGAACUUCACUUUUUCGAGAACAACGAUUUUAUCAACAUUGCCAAUAAGCUUCACUUGCAGAAGGUGUCUGAGUUUAUGCUGUCCCCUGGAAGUCAGCCUAGUAAGGUGGCUGUUUAUGUCCCUGGGAGCAAAGGUGCCCCCUCGUUUGUCCGGCUAUACCAAUACCCCAACUUUGGUGGCCCGACCUGUGCUCUGGCCAACAAGAGUUUCUUUAAGGCCGACAGGGUGACCAUGCUAUGGAACAAAAAAGCCACUGCGGUUCUGGUGCAGGCCAGCAUAGAGGUGGAUAAGACAGGAGCCUCAUACUACGGAGAACAAACUUUACACUACUUGGCCACCAAUGGCGAGACUGCUGCUGUGCAGCUACAGAAGAACGGGCCCAUCUACGAUGUGGCAUGGAGCCCAAGCUCCACAGAGUUCUGCGUGGUCUAUGGCUUCAUGCCCGCCAAGGCUACUGUCUACAACCUCAAGUGUGACCCUGUCUUCGACUUCGGCACGGGCCCCCGCAAUGCCGUCUACUACAGCCCCCAGGGCCACAUCCUGGUCUUGGCCGGCUUCGGGAACCUACGGGGCCAGAUGGAGGUGUGGGAUGUCAAGAAGUGGAAGCAGGUGUCCAAGCCCCAGGUGCCCGACUCCACCCACUUCGCCUGGUGCCCGGACGGUGAACAUGUCGUCACGUCGACCUGUGCCCCCCGGCUACGUGUCAGUAACGGCUAUAAGAUCUGGCACUACACUGGCACGGUUCUGUACAAGCAGGACACGCCGACGGGAACAGAGCUCUGGGAGACUGUAUGGCAGCCCUUCCCAGACGGGACGUUCCCUGAGAGGCCGGUGAAGUACCAGGCAGCACCCAGUGAGCUGGGCAGCACAGAGGCCAAGCCGGCCCAGGCCUACCGCCCACCUGCCCUGCGGAAUAAACCGGUCACAGCCAGCUCCAAACUGCAUGAAGAGGAGCCUCCACAGAACAUGAGGCCUGGCGCCACCGGAGACAAGCAGCUGUCCAAGACUGCUCUGAAGAACCAGAAAAAACGAGAGGCAAAGAAAGCAGCCAAACAGGAGAUAAACCCAGAUGCCCUUGAGCCCCAGUCAGACCCAUCUCCAGCCAGUAAUGCUCAACCUGAAACCUCUUGUGGCGACCCAGAGACUGACAAGAAGAUCAAGAGCGUCAAAAAGAAACUGAAAGCUAUAGACGAGCUGAAAGCGCUGCAAGCAACUGGGAAACCCAUUCAAAAGAACCAGCUUGAAAAGAUGGAAAAGGAGGCUCAACUCAUGAAAGAGCUUGAGGAUCUUCAACUAAAAGUGUAAAAUAAAUGACUGAAUUUGUUCAUGAAUAAAACACAAAACAUCCUUGCCAUAUGAUCAAGAUCCAAGAGCACUCCCAAAGCUAUAUUUAAUGGACACAAAUUCGGAUCUCAUACCAUUUUUACUACUCGGGAAGGCUUGUCACAUUUUCAAGUAAAUUUGAGCCUUGAAAACUUAAAAACAUCGAGGCACUAUUGCUAUGCAAUGUAUGUACAGGUUAUUAAAGCCAGUGACAAUACAUAUUAUUUAGAAUUUUAUGUAUAUAGUAAGCAGUUAACUGUUUCAACAGCUAGAUGUUACGUUGGUUUUUACUUUAAAUUGAAUUAACUCGUUUCAGUUCAUUGAGAUUCUGAAAAAAAGGUAUGCUGCCAAAACAGUUGUUCUUCUUCAUGGUUCCAAGAAAGGGUUGCUAAUUUCAUAAAUUGCCACCAAAAAAAAGUGUAAUUGAGAAUAGUUUGUGUGAUGUCACUACUACUGAUUGAAUUGGGUUAUCAUUGGACGAGAGCAUUGCCAAUCACGGUUCUUCCUUGCCAUUGGCAACCACACAACACACCAGUGAUAUUGUAACCACCCGAAAGGUAAACCGAGAAAAAUAAACAUUUGUUAUGUAGAAAACG